GAGAGGUGCCGGGGCCGGCUACCUUUACUUGUGUCUGGAGCUGUUUGGAGUGUUGGCUGACUGCAUUGAAUAGCUGCACCACUGGAUAGGGAGGGAGGGAGGGAAAUAUGAGAAUUAGCAAAGGGUUCCACCCACCACCAGUAGUUGCUAUCUUCUGGAGUCUGCGUUCGUAGUCAAGCGUCGAUGCAUCUGGUAACCCUUACUUCUACCCCAUACUAAUACAUUAGUGUAUUGUUACCACCAAAUAAGGGCACUUCCAAAGGGGUUUCUAUUCUAUUGUAGCUACUAAGUUUCACGUGACCUGUGCAUAAAAAAAACUUACUCUCCCGGCCUCAGUAGAAGACAAGAUGUGAGAGAGAGCAUUCGCCAUCUUCCUGUGCCCUCCUCCUCUCUCUCCAUCCCUUCCUCCCUCUCCCUCGCCGCUAACUCCACCAGUCGUCAUGAUCUUCAUCCAGCUCUACACACGAGAAUUGGUUCAGAGUUCAAAACGUGGCUUGGAGCAUGCGCGCUGUUGUUUCUCUAAAUAGCGCGCAGUUUGCAUGCAGUUGGCGGGAACUUCUGGCGGGAAAACGACAUGUAAACAAAAGGAUUUCUCGGCAAAUUCACUUUUUGGCGUCUCGGUCGUGACUCUUCUUUCCCGCUGUCUUUAUCAUCGCUAUCUCUCUCUCGUUCUUUUUUGAGUUGCCAGGUGGUUGCUAGACAGUAUGGAGGUGGGAGAAAACGUGUCGUCUCUGGCUAAUGUCGUCUCCUCUCCUCCUGACAAGAUGGAGACUACAGCUGCAGAGCCAACAGUUGUCUCAGUCCCCAGACCCCUUGCACCCCGUCGUCAUGACGAGGACCAGUACCUGGAUCUGAUCAGGACCAUCCUGGAACACGGACAGGAGAAGGGGGACCGGACUGGCGUGGGGACCAGGUCCAUAUUUGGAGCACAGAUGAGGUUUAACCUGCGUGACCAGUUCCCGUUGCUGACUACGAAGCGAGUGUUCUGGAGGGGCGUGGUCGAAGAGCUGCUGUGGUUCAUCUCUGGCGAUACUAACGCCAAACACCUCUCCCAGAAGAAGGUCAAGAUCUGGGAUGCCAAUGGGUCACGUGACUUCCUCGACAAGAGGGGAUUACAUCAUCGAGAAGAGGGGGAUCUGGGUCCAGUGUAUGGGUUUCAGUGGAGACAUUUUGGAGCCAAGUAUGUGGACAUGCACACUGACUACAGUGGUCAGGGGGUGGACCAACUGGCUCAGGUGAUCCAGACCAUCAGGACUAACCCAAAUGACAGGAGAAUCAUCAUGUCUGCCUGGAACCCUCCUGACCUACCAGAGAUGGCCCUGCCUCCCUGCCAUGCCUUUGUCCAGUUCUACGUCUGUAAUGGAGAGUUGUCAUGCCAACUGUACCAGAGAUCAGCAGACAUGGGUCUUGGAGUUCCAUUCAACAUCGCCAGCUACUCUCUACUGACAUACAUGAUAGCUCACGUCUGCAACCUCAAGCCGGGAGACUUUGUACAUACUCUAGGAGACGCACAUGUCUACCUCAACCACAUCCAACCCCUCAAUAUACAGAUCCAGCGGAGCCCGAGACCAUUCCCGAGACUGGAACUGAGAAGACAGGUCUCCGACAUUGACAAGUUUGUUUACGAUGACAUCAUUCUCCAUGACUACCAUCCUCACCCCAAGAUACACAUGGACAUGGCUGUCUAGCAUCUUUUAUUCCCUUUCCUAUGCAUUACCUUCCAG